UUCCACGCCACGGAUUUUGCCGCCGCCGGGAUUCUCUUCGUUUUGGACCUCCCAAACGGCCGAACGGCCGAACGUCCGAAGUCGUUGUCAGCCAUGGCAGGCAAGGGUGGCCCUUAUAAGGUCUUUGUGGGCGGCUUAUCGCAGGAGGUCACCACCGAGAUCCUCAGUGACUACUUCUCCACCUUCGGAACCCUCACAGACUCCGUAGUGAUGACGGACCGAGGCACUGGCCGCUCGCGGGGCUUCGGCUUCGUCUCCUUCGAUACCCCCGAUCCCGUGGAUCAGAUCAUGGCCAUGCACAAGGAGCACACCAUCAUGGGCAAAUGGAUUGAUUGCAAGAACGCCACGCCCGAGGGCACCAAAGGAGCCAUGGGCGGCAAGGGCGACUAUGGCGGUGGCGGAUGUGGAGGAUGUGGCGGAUGUGGCGGACCCAUCAAGGGUGGUGGGAAGCCCGGCGAUUGGAAGUGUCCCAACUGUGGUGCGAUGUGCUUUGGGUCGAAGGACGUUUGCUUCAAGUGCGGGACGCCGAAGUCAAGCGGUUAUGGCGGCGGCGGUGGUGGCGGCUAUGGCGGUUAUUCAGCAGUGCCUCCGCCCACCAGUUAUGGAGGCGGUGGAUGUGGUGGUGGUGCCUAUGGUGGAGGUGCUUAUGGGGGUGGUGGCUAUGGUGGCUAUGGCUCUUGUGGAGGCUGGGGCAUGAAAGGUGGCUAUGGCGGCUACGGAAAGGAUGGCAAGGGAUGCUCCCCAUAUUGAGCCUGGCAGCUACACCCCCGCGGGCUGCGCGCCCGGAGGGGUGCGGCUUGGUGAGCCAUCGGUGCACACGUGGCGCAGCCUGGUGCGCGAGGUGCGCACCAGGCGCAGCAGGGAAGAUAGUUGGAGUUGGAAAGGCUGCAGAGCUUUCAGAGCUGGACUUGCACGG